CGGCGGCAUUGGCGGCGGCGGCGGCGUUGGCGGCGGCACUCGCUCCAGGGCGCCCCCAGCGGCCACAACGUUGUGUCGUGCGGCCGCCCGCCCUCUUGGCGCCCCCUGGAGGCCGACCCCCGCGGGCCCGCCGCGCACCUCAACCGGCCCCGCCGCUUCGACCUGCUCCUACACACAGACCCAGAGGACACGGAAAAGACCUGCCAGAUUGAGUGCCGGCGGGACCGGGAUGAAAGGGAACACUACUGCAUGAGUGAAUUUGCAGUGAAUGGAAUUGUCCAUGACGUCGAAAUGCUUGGCAAAGGCAUCCGACUGGUAACUCUGCUGGUGAACAGUGAUGGGCUGUACAAGCUGAGCCGCCUGUACAUCACCCCCGAUGACUUCUUCUUUCGACUGAACAUUCUAGCUGUGGAUUCAUCCAGCUGCACCAAGCCAUGUCCAGAUUUUAAACUUGGGAGCAGAUAUAUCGUGAUGGGUCAGAUCUACUAUAAGAGGCGUCAGCUGCCCACGGCUCUGCUCCAGGUUCUGAGAGGACGCCUCCGGCCCGGAGACGGCCUGCUCAAAAGCCGCGGCGGCAGCUACGUGAAGAGGUUCAACCGAAAGAGGGAUGGUAAAGUCCAAAGUGCAAUGCACGCCCAGUGCAGGUGAAACUCACUGAGCUCAGUUGUGCAGGUACUCCAAUCACUCAAUCAAUCAAUCAAUCAAUCAAUCGUAU